CUGCUGCGCAGACGGGAGGGACACCACCGGGGACGAGGGGCCGGGAGGGGACGGGACGGGACGGGACGAGGAUGCGGGGGCUGGUGGCGCUACUGGCGGCGCUGAGCUGCGCGGCCCCGGCGGGGCGGGCGGCGGCUCCCGGCGGCGCCCUCAGCUCCAACGCCAUCAAGGGACCCCCCCCGGGGGGGGCGGCAGAAGCCAGCGCCGCCCCCGCCGCCCCCUUCGACGGCAGCAACAAGCCGCCGCCGGCCGCCACCCGGCAGCCUUUCCCCUGCGCUGAGGACGAGGACUGCGGCCCCGAGGAGUUUUGCGGGGGGGCGGCCCGUGCCGGGGGCGCCCCGCUCUGCCUCGCCUGCCGGAGACGCCGCAAGCGCUGCCUGCGCGACGCCAUGUGCUGCCCCGGCACGACCUGCAGCAACGGGCUCUGCACCCCCACGGAGCCUCCCCACGGAGCCGCCGAGCUGGACGAGAUCGGCGCUGAGGCUCUGCCCCGACGGACGCCCGCUCCCGCCUGGCUCCCCGCUGCCAAAGGUGAGGAGGGGGACUUCUGCCUGCGCUCGUCGGACUGCGCGGCCGGGCUGUGCUGCGCCCGUCACUUCUGGUCCAAAAUCUGCAAGCCGGUGCUGCGGGAAGGGCAGGUGUGUACCCGGCACCGGCGGAAAGGCACCCACGGCCUGGAAAUCUUCCAGCGGUGCCAGUGCGCCGAGGGGCUGGCGUGCCGCCUCCAGCGAGAGCACGGCCCCGCCGACGCCUCCCGCCUGCACACCUGCCAGCGGCACUGAGCAUCGCCGGACGGACAGGACGGGACGGACUCCGGCCCCGCCGGAGUGGAAGGUUGUUUCUCAAGGGAACUACUUUUAAGCGACUAAUUGCAGUACGUUACUGUGUUGUGAAUACUCGAGCUGGCACUUAGCUGUACAUAACGCUGGGACUUUUUAAUGACUUUUUUUUUUUUCUCCCCCGUGGGUGCUGCCUCGUGCUCUUCAAGCCGUGACUGUGACUUUGUACACACUGGGUUUUUUAAAUCUAGGUCAAAGGGAUGUGACCGUCCGUUUGCGAGUGAAUAAACCGUUCUUUAAAAUCAGCCCGAGAUGCCUGCGCGUCCCUGCCUGCGUGCGGCCGCCGUGGUCCCUCCCUGCCCCACGGGAGGGGAGAUGCACCCUGGGGUGGAAAUGCCCGAAGAGACAGGAGGGGAGUGGGGCGGCUCAUCGCCAGCACCCCACAGGAAAGGCAGUUUGGUUAUCCCUGUUUAUUCAGCUGCUUUUUAGGAACUGCGGUGUGCCACAGUAGCCAGUGGAUGUGGGGCCAAGGAUGAGCGUCAGGGCUCUGGGAAGGGCAGGCAGCAGCGAAACACCCUCCUGCCUGAUUUUUUCCAUGGGGAGAGGGUGCAGGAUCACCGGAGGGGCUGGGCUGGGCUGCGGCGCGUGGCCGACCACGGGACGGGUGCUGAGGAGCACAGUGAUCUCAACCGCUCCAGCAGUGCAAUCUUUGCUCCGUGCACAAUAAAGAGUUACUUUUCACUUCA